CUUCCUCCCACCUCCCACCCCCAAGUCGCGGCUCAUCCUCGAGGGCGGAGAGAGGUGGCAUUUGAGUCCUCCGGUAUCCCAGCAGGCAGUGCAGCCUAGAGACGCUGACAAAGGAGCGGAGGAGCAGUCGCAGCUGCUUUCCGAGGAAGCCGGUGUUGCCGAGAUUGCCAAAAUGCUUUGGAGUUUUUAACUGAAUCUAAGAAAAGUCCAAAAUAGAUUUGAGACUGUAAAAACAGAAACUGCAGCAAGGGGGAUUCAGUGCCAAUGCAUCAACAAAAAAGACAGCCAGAGUUAGUGGAAGGAAAUCUUCCUGUUUUCGUGUUCCCCACGGAGCUCAUAUUUUAUGCAGAUGAUCAGUCAACACAUAAGCAAGUGUUGACACUGUACAAUCCCUAUGAGUUUGCCUUAAAGUUCAAAGUUUUGUGUACUACUCCAAAUAAGUAUGUUGUCGUUGAUGCUGCAGGUGCAGUAAAGCCUCAGUGUUGUGUGGAUAUUGUGAUUCGUCAUAGAGAUGUUCGCUCCUGUCACUAUGGUGUAAUAGACAAAUUCCGUCUUCAAGUUUCUGAGCAAAGCCAGAGGAAGGCUUUGGGAAGAAAAGAGGUUGUUGCUACUCUUCUCCCAUCAGCAAAAGAACAACAAAAGGAAGAAGAGGAAAAAAGAAUAAAGGAACAUUUAACUGAAAGUUUAUUUUUUGAGCAGUCGUUUCAACCAGAAAACAGAGCUGUCUCCUCAGGACCUAGUUUACUAACUGUCUUCCUGGGAGUGGUGUGCAUUGCAGCCCUGAUGCUGCCUACAAUGGGGGAUGUGGAAUCGCUGGUGCCUCUCUACCUCCACUUAAGUGUGAAUCAAAAAUUAGUGGCUGCUUAUAUCUUAGGUCUUAUCACAAUGGCCAUACUUAGAACAUGAGCAAGGAUUUCAGUUGACUUCUGAAGUAAAUCUGUCUUGAAAAUAUGAAUGUGGACUGCCUUUUAUCUCUAUUUCACUCCAUUAACAUGCUACAAACUAUUGAAUGAUUUCAAGUAAUUGCAAAUGUAUAAUAUAUAUUUUAAAUUAUAAUUUAAUUUGAAGGACUGCAGAACAUUAUUUUACAGACAGCAAGGAUGCUUCUGAGUGACACCUAGGAAAUUAUUUGAAGAAAUUCUUUUUAUACCUAUACCUGUUGUACAAGAGACUUUAAAACAUUUGUUAUUUGCUCACCUUUUUUUCCAAAUCACUUUGAUUGCUAGGGGUCAUGUAUGCUUCAAAGUUACAGGACUAAAAGAGCAAACUGACCGUCCUAAAACUAAAAUGACAUUUAUUCCCUAGUUACAAACAUCAGCGUUAUUAUGUUAAUUAUACCUUGCCCUCUAUCAUUAUAAGCGGUUGCCAUGGUGUGUCUAAAAAUAAGUGUUUUACCAUUAAUGUGUAGAGGGCAAACAAAGCAUAAAGUACUAAGGGAUCAUGCUUAUUCUAGGGUCUCACAGAAGACAGGACAUAUUAAUCUUGUGAAUUACAGAAUGGGUUGUGGUCCAGACACCAAGAAUCAUAGCGGUUUUUUAAAAAAAAAAACCUAAUGGAAGUAGGGUGACCUCUCUCUUUGGUCUAAGAGUUCUAAAGGAAGGUAGGCAUCUGUUUAAUUAGUUGGUUCACCCUGGCUUUACCUCUGGUUAAUGCUUUGUGUUAAAAGGAAGGAAAAAUCACUUGAUCUUUUCUUCCAAGCCCCUUCCCCGCCUGACUUGCCCAGACUGGGAUUACCAGAUACCAGGUGAUUUAUGUGGAGAUGAUUUUUCACCUUUAAACUCUAAGCCAAGUGUAGGAAACUCUUCAUAGCUGUGUCUAUUUUAUAUCAGUCACUGAGACUUUUUUUUAAGUUUUUAUUUAUUAUUAAGACAACUUUGCCAAAAAAAUCCCCUAAGCACAACUAUUUACAUUUCUUUAUAGCCUCUUUUGAUCUCUAACACAUAUAUGCAGUUUUAACUGUUAUUGUCAUAGUAACUGAUCUUUUGUCUAAGGAUUUUUACCUGAAAGCACAAUGCAUUAAGAGUCUCUUGAAAAUCAUCUUUCAGAUCUUUUUACAGAAUGAACUUAUGCACUGCUACAAACACAAAUGUAUGCCUGAGGUUGGUUUUUGCAGAAAAUAGUCUCCGCUUCUAAAAACUUCUAUGUCUAGUCUUCCAUAGGAAAUCCUCACUGUUUAACCGUGUGAGGAGCCUAAGUCAUUAAACGGAUCAUGUCUGUAUAUUGUGUAAUGAAUGAAAAGCACAUAAAUGUAAUCUACUUUGAACUUUGUAAAAAUUAUGUGUGGAGGCUAUUCUUAUUUAUCCAUCUCAAGUCCUGUGUGUGCACAUGUGCGCAAGUGCACAUACGUGUAUGUAUGUGUGUAUAAUAACACAUUGUAAUGUAAAGAACAGAAAUUACUUUAAAAAAUAAACAGAAAUGGAGACCUGAGCUUCA